CAACACUCUCUCUCACCUAAGCUUCUCUCACUCGUUACCCAUUUCUGUACUCGCAUCUUCUCUCUCCUCCCCUCAACGUAACUACACGCACACCCUCUGCGACUCUCUCUCUCUAAUUCUCACUCACUCACUCACCACCAUAUAUAGAAAUCAACAACAGUACAAACUCCAAAGCACAAAAUCGUCGUCAUCUCCUCAUGGGUGUUCCCUCAAAACCCGCCUCAGUGUCCAUCAAUUCUCACCAACCGAACCCAGUUCGUUCCAAUUGCGUUUCCAAGGACAAUUUGGACUUUUGACUUGACACAAAUAAUUUUGGGUGGGGGGUAGGCUGCUGAGGGAGAGGGUUUUGUGAGUAAUGGCGGGUCUAACAGCGGACCACCAACCAAUUGAAAUUGAGGAUAUAAAUGAAGAAACCAAUAACAAGUUCAAGAAGGAUAUUGUAGACAGAGAAAGUGGAGGAGAGAGAGAGAUGGCACCGCCUGCCGGAAGUUCUUCGAUCCACCGGACGAGUUCUCGGCCACUUUUGGACCUUAGCAAGGCUGCCAUUCAAGGCAACUUUGAGGAGAAAGACCCAACAAUUCUUUUGCCUAAUCAAUCUGAUGAUUUAUCUCAUUUGGCCUUGGACAUUGGAGGAUCUCUUAUCAAGUUGGUAUAUUUUUCAAGACAUGAGGACCGAUCAGUCAAUGACAGGAGAAAGAAGUCUCUCAAGGAAAAAUUUGGCGUUUCUAAUAGUAAUAGGAGGAGCUACCCUAUUCUUGGAGGAAGGCUGCAUUUUGUAAAGUUUGAGACAGCCAAGAUUAACGAGUGCUUAGAUUUUAUCUCUUCAAAGCAGCUUCACCGUGGUGGGAUGGAUGCUAGCCAUUGGAAUUCUGAUGACCCAAACAAUGACAAUGCAGUAAUUAAGGCUACAGGUGGUGGGGCAUAUAAAUUUGCGGAUCUCUUUAAAGAAAGGCUUGGGGUUAGUAUAGACAAGGAAGACGAAAUGAAUUGUCUCGUGGCUGGUGCAAAUUUCUUGCUCAAGGCAAUUCGUCAUGAAGCUUUCACGCACAAGGAGGGUCAAAAAGAGUUCGUACAGAUUGACCAGAAUGAAUUAUUUCCAUACCUUCUUGUUAAUAUUGGAUCUGGUGUUAGCAUGAUCAAGGUCGAUGGGGACGGAAAGUUUCAGCGGGUUAGCGGGACCAAUGUUGGAGGUGGUACAUAUUGGGGUUUGGGAAAGCUGUUAACAAAAUGCAAGAGUUUUGAUGAAUUGCUGGAGCUGAGUCAGCGAGGAGAUAACAGAACCAUAGACAUGCUUGUUGGUGACAUCUAUGGUGGUAUGGAUUACUCGAAGAUCGGCCUCUCUGCAUCAACAAUCGCUUCUAGUUUUGGCAAAGCAAUUUCUGAAAACAAGGAUCUUCAGGACUACAGACCUGAAGAUAUUUCUCUAUCCCUCCUGCGAAUGAUUUCAUACAAUAUUGGACAGAUAUCUUACUUAAAUGCACUGCGGUUUGGGCUUAAGCGGAUAUUUUUUGGAGGAUUCUUUAUAAGGGGUCAUGCUUAUACAAUGGACACAAUCUCUUUUGCAGUUCAAUUCUGGUCGAAGGGAGAUGCGCAAGCGAUGUUUUUAAGGCAUGAAGGGUUUUUGGGUGCUUUAGGUGCAUUCAUGAGUUAUGAAAAGCAUGGUUUGGAUGACUUGAUGGUCCAUCAGUUGGUAGAAAGGUUCCCAAUGGGUGCACCAUAUAUUGGAGGAAAGAUUCAUGGUCCUCCACUAGGGGAUUUGAACGAAAAGAUAUCAUGGAUGGAAAAGUUUGUUCAGAAGGGAACUGAGAUUACUGCUCCUGUUCCAAUGGCUCCACCCGGAACCACUGGCCUUGGUGGCUUCGAAGUUCCAUCAUCCAGGGGAAAUACCUUGCGUUCUGAUGCAAGUAAUCUAAAUGUUGGUGUUCUCCAUCUUGUACCCACUUUGGAGGUGUUUCCAUUGUUGGCAGAUCCAAAAACGUAUGAGCCCAACACUAUAGAUCUUUCUGAUCACAGUGAGCUAGAGUAUUGGUUCACUGUGCUGUCAGAGCAUUUGCCAGACCUUGUUGAUAAGGCAGUAGCAAGUGAAGGUGGAACCGACGAUGCUAAAAGGCGGGGUGAUGCUUUUGCUCGUGCAUUUUCUGCUCACUUGGCAAGGUUGAUGGAGGAUCCUGCUGCAUAUGGAAAGUUGGGGCUGGCCAACCUUUUGGAACUAAGGGAAGAGUGCUUGAGGGAGUUCUAUUUUGCUGAUGCCUAUAGAAGCAUAAAACAAAGGGAAAAUGAGGCAUCACUUGCUGUUCUGCCUGACCUGCUAAUGGAGAUUGAUAGCAUGAAUGAGGAAACAAGACUGCUUACCCUAAUUGAAGGUGUUCUUGCUGCAAACAUUUUUGAUUGGGGAUCCCGUGCCUGUGUUGAUCUCUAUCAUAAAGGAACAAUUAUUGAAAUAUAUAGAAUGAGUCGCAAAAAGAUGCAAAGACCAUGGCGAGUGGAUGAUUUUGAUCUUUUUAAGGAGAGAAUGUUAGGGUCUGGAGACAAGAAAUCUCCACCACAUAAAAGAGCACUACUCUUUGUGGACAACUCAGGUGCUGAUGUGAUCCUGGGAAUGCUUCCACUAGCACGGGAACUCCUCCGACGGGGAACUGAAGUUGUUCUGGUUGCAAACUCACUCCCUGCACUAAAUGAUGUUACUGCUAUGGAGCUUCCUGAUAUUGUGGCUGAGGCUGCCAAGCAUUGCGACAUUCUUCGCAGGGCUGCUGAGGCAGGAGGCCUACUAGUGGAUGCAAUGAUUAACAUCCAGGAUGCUUCCAAGGAAAAUUCCGUGUCAGCAGUUCCUUUGAUGGUUGUUGAGAAUGGUUGCGGAAGUCCCUGCAUAGACUUGAGGCAGGUUAGCUCAGAGCUAGCUGCUGCUGCGAAAGACGCUGAUUUGAUCAUAUUGGAAGGGAUGGGUCGAGCUCUGCAUACCAACUUCAAUGCUCGGUUUAAAUGUGAUGCUUUGAAGCUUGCAAUGGUGAAGAAUCAGCGGUUGGCGGAAAAGUUGAUUAAAGGAAAUAUAUACGAAUGUGUCUGCAGAUAUGAACCUGCCAGAGAUCAAAACUCUUGUCAUCAAGUUUCUGUUAGUCAACCUUGAUGAAAUCAUUUGUCUUUGACGGUUAAAUCUUUGGAUUAACAUAUUGUUUUCUACAUCUUUUUGUUUUUGUUUUUAGUUAUUUAGUUACUUCACUGGCCUCGUGCUUUACCUGAUUUCCGAAACAUGCAAAUUUUAGUACUUUUUUGCUUACUGGAAUGUGUAAUUUAGUGAAACAACACACUGUACUUUAUGGUGCCUCUAUUUUCAAGAUUUAGAAUAAUGUUUUCAAAAACAGUAUCAGAAAGGUUUCAAAAUAA